CAACAGCUUGACGUCUCUAUCUGUUUUCAGAUCAGCACAAAGCUUCCUGCUGCAAAGCCCCGCUGAUGUCACAUGACUCGGCGGCUGUGUUGCGGAAGGAAAGCUGCUGGAUUGAGAGAGCAGCAGCGAGAAACAACCGAGGAGAGGCUGCAGGUUUGGGCAGCAGAGACAGAGAUGCUGGAAUCAUCCGGCGCAGGAAACACUCAUAAUGCAUGUGGAGUGGUUGGAGUAAAAUAGGACACUACAGUGAAGCAGGACAGGAGUUGUGCGUCUGUGGUCCAGAUGAAGUGCUUGCUGAUAGCUAGUGAGAGCGCAGAGGUCCUCUUCCACUGGACUGACCCCGAAUUUCAGCAGAAUAUCCAGGAGCAGUAUGGGGCUUCUCAAGAGGAGGGCCAGGGGCUUCCAGCUUUUGAGGACAGCAUCAGCACCCUGUUUGCCCCCAUCAUCAUCUCCUGUAGCACCAUGGUGGACAGGCUGGGUGACAACUACACCUCUUUCACCACAGAAAACAACCAUAUCUACGUCCUACACCAGGUCAUUUUGUAUCCUCCUCAGUUCGAUGAGUGUCUCUACAUCGCUGUGAAUGGAGAUGGCGAGGAGGGAGAGGAUGAUCUGAGGAGGAAGAUCUAUGUGAUGAAGAAGAUGAUUGAGGUCAUGUUUGGCAUGGUCACCCUCAGCAGUAACCUCCUCAGGAAAGAGCUGCGUCCUCAGGACACGGACCAAAGGGCGAGGCUGUGGAAGCAUCUCCAGAGCCUGCUAGAGACCUACAGCCACCUCCGAGAGAAUGACCAGAGCUUCUUAGUGGAGGCAGUGGAGAGGCUGAUCCACCCCACACUGUGUGAGCAGUGCAUCGAAUUCCUGGAGCGCCGUUUGGUUCAGCAGCUCAACAGCAGUGUAGAGAGAGCAGGAGAGGAGGUGUUGCACGCCUUCAUCCUGGUUCACACCAAACUGCUCGCCUUCUACUCCAGCCGCAAUGCAAGCACGCUCCCCACCUCAGACCUCCUGGCCCUCAUCAUCAUGGCACAGAAUAUGUAUCCUAGCAACGUAGACCUGGAAGACUCAGGUCCUGAGGAUGUUGAGAGUACAUCCGGCUCUGGUCCUGAAAGUUUUUACACCCCAGAGCCCUCCCCUACAGACAGAGACUCAAGCAGCUCAGACAAGCCAGUGAGGGGAAGUACUCCUGUGUUUGAGUUUGUGGACCCAGACAUCCAGAUGGCAGAAGACAGCUUGCGGACUCUGGAGGUUCCUCCACCUGACCCUUCAACCCCUCGCAGAGUCUUCUUAGAGGUCUCACUCAAAGAAGGGCUGUAUCCCAUGAUGCCUCACUCCAUGUACUGUCUGCCACUGUGGCCUGGCAUCACACUGGUGCUGCUAACUAAGAUUCCCACCAGUGCAGUGGCCAUGUCGGUGUAUAAGUUUUUGGAGGCCUUUGCCAAGCUGGAAAAGCGUUUAAGUGAAGGCCAAGAAGGUUCUGCUGCUACUAGAGGACCGCCGACUAUACACGACAUCCGCAGUAAACUGGAUAAAUUCAUUAAAGCCCUGGGGCCCAGUGAAAUACAGUCUGCACAGUUACAGAAUGUCUGGACAGAGUUCAAGAACCGAGCCUUCACCAGAGGAGGACCUGGGUUCAAUAAAGAUCUUAUCCCGUGGUGUAAGCAUAUGAAGACCCAGCUGUGUGGAAUAUACCGACAGUGUUUUCUUAUUGACUCUGGACUGGCCGACAUUCCUCAACGUCUCUCCCCCAGUCUGCAGGAACGAGCCCAGACUAUGGUGCAAGAGAAACUGAUGGACUGGAAGGACUUCCUGUUGGUGAAAAGCAAGAGGAAUAUCACCAUGGUGUCUUACCUGGAGGAUUUCCCAGGCCUCAUCCAUUUUAUCUGUGUGGACCGAUCCACUGGCCAAAUGAUUGCGCCGUCGCUCAACAUCACGGAACGCACCACGUCUGAGCUGGGGAAGGGACCAGUGGCUCAGUUCAUCAAAAGCAAGGUGUGGAAUCUGGUCAGCACAACACGACGCUAUCUCCAGAAGGGUUAUUCCACUGUCACAUUGCGCGAUGGAGACUUCUACUUCUGCUACUUCCUCUGGUUUGAAAAUGAAACAGGCUACAAGUUAGAGGCAGGGGACAUACCCAUCCUGCCUGAUGACUCUGCCCCAAUUGGGAUGCUUGCCUGGGACUACUACAGCAGGAAGCUGCUGCGGUACUACAGUAAGAAUCACCAGGGUGAGGUGGUGAAGUGCUACGAGCUGCUGACGGUUCACCUGGGGGUCAUCCCCACUGAGAUCAUCCUCCAGCACUGCAGACAGCUGGCGAGCAAACUGUGGGAGCCUUCGCGCAAUCCACUGCUGUAGACUCACCCACACACUUGAACUGAGUAACAAUAACCAACGUAAACAUUCAUUGUAUUUCCAUGAACUGAAAAAAAACAAAAACAUAUCCAUAGAUAUAUAAUGUGUCCAGUGCCUGUGUUUCAUGUUACCACCAUUUUCAUUGAGUAUGAGGUUAUUUAUCCUGUGAUAAGUUAACCUAAAAUUAUUUAUUAGAAGCACUUACAUUUAUGAUUAGCACAAUCCAACACCAUUGUGCACUGGUAUGUGUCUUAUAUGAAGCAUAUUGACAAUAUCUUUAAUUUUUUUAAUAAAUUGUAAUAUAUUUUUGAAAUAAUUUUUGAACUGUUUCCUAUUUAUUAGUAAUACUAUAUGUUUUUUCACAUUUAAAAAUUUGCAGCUGAUAGAUUUUUAUAAAUGCAGAUACUGUCCAUUUUCCUUUACUCCUGCUAGAUGCUCAUGAGCGAAUUUGUAUGAAUAAAACAUGCAACAGUAA